CUCUGAACCUUUCUGAAGCUUCAUUCAAAUCCAGUACAUGACCUUCCAUGCCAGUGGCUGUUUGCUCAGUUGGACUUUGUUUCAACAUAUUUGCUUGUUCAAUCAUUGGGCUUUUACCAGGACGAAACAAAACUCACGGAAAAUAAGAGUGUUUUGCCUAGUAUUGUGAAGAACGACCUGGUUUAAAAAAAUAAUUAUUAAUAGAAGAUGGCGACUCAUCGAGCAGUUCAGAAAUCCAGUGUUGACCCACACUUUCUUCAGUUAAAUAACCUGGCUUGUGAAUCAGUUGGAGGAAAGGUGCUUUUUGCAACAGAUGAUUGGUUUGCCUCAGCACAUAAUCUAUUGAAGAGAGAUUCAGCCACAUUUAUACCAAAUGCGUUUACAGAUUUUGGUAAAUGGAUGGAUGGAUGGGAGACCAGAAGAAAAAGAAUUCCAGGUCAUGACUGGUGUAUAAUCCAGCUUGGAGUGACCGGAGUUAUACAUGGAUUUGAUGUAGACACUUCCUUUUUUACUGGAAACUAUGCACCGUCCAUAUCUAUUCAGGCAGCAUGUUUGAGUCAAGAUGGGAUUCCGGAAUUUCCAGCACAAGGCGAUAGAACAGGAACUGCUGCAUCAGAAGAAGAAUUCCAAGCUAUUCAAAAGCUGCAGUCUGACUCCUGGGUUGAGCUGGUUUCAAUAGCAGCUUUGAAGCCAGGCUACGUUGACACCUGUCAUAACUAUUUUCCUGUCAGCUCUCAGCAGAGAUGGACUCAUAUUAGACUCAACUUAUACCCAGAUGGUGGGAUUGCCCGUCUAAAGGUUUAUGGCAUAGGAGAAAGAAACUGGACUGCUGUCUCCCCAGAUGAGAAAGUGGACCUGGCAAGCCUGGUAAAUGGAGGCGUCUGUGUUGGUUUCAGUGAUGCUCACUUUGGUCACCCACGCAAUUUGAUAGGGUUAGGAAGGGCCAUCAAUAUGGGCGAUGGAUGGGAGACUGCCAGAAGACUGGACCGCCCACCAGUAUUAACGGUUGAUGAUAAAGGUGUGUUACAAGUACCUGGAAGUGAAUGGUCAGUGUUUAGAUUGGGCCAUCCUGGUGUGAUAACACAGAUAGAGAUUGAUACUAACCACUUCAAAGGUAACUUCCCAGACUCUUGUACAAUUGAAGCCUGUGUGAUGAGACCAGAAGAAGAGAAAGAAAACAUAAGCAUGAGGUGGAAGACUAAUCAGGGAUUGGAAUGGAAAAUUCUACUUCCAACAACAAAGCUCAAAGCACAUCACCAGCAUUUCUUCAGCGCAAUAGAACUGGCUGAAGCUGUCACUCACGUGAGGCUCACUAUAGCUCCAGAUGGGGGCAUAAGUAGGAUGCGGCUCUGGGCUUACCUGCAUUCUCUGCCUUAAAAAAAAUGAUUUAACUUUACUGUCAACAGAAAUAAAGAGAGAGAGAGAGAGACAGA